AUUGCCGGCUUAAAUCGUCGUUCCUUAUAUUUUUUACAAAUUUAGCUUAAUUUUCUUUGUGAUUUAUCCUAAAAUGUCCGAAAACGACGACGAAGUUGAAAUUAUUGGAGAUGGACCGAAAGAUUCCCCUUUAAAAAAGGCUGACUCUGAUGAUAAUUUAUACACAGCAGGAAGUCGCGUAUCUGCCUUGGAUGUUGCCUGGAAUUUUAACGAUCCCGAAGCUGAUGCUGCUCUCACAGAGUUCAAAAAGCGCGGACUCCUUUUCAAAGAUCUCUCCUCGUUAUGCGACAAGGACCUAGAAUUACUCGGUGUUGAAAGUUCCAGCAUGCGAGACACAAUGUUGCAAUAUUUUCGUCAAUUACCAAAGCAGGAUCCGGAUUAUGAGCAAGUUCUCAAGGAAACAGACAUGGAAGAGUACAGCACGGGAGUUUUAUCGAACAUUUCGGAGCACAUAAAUAACUUGAAAAUGUCUCUAAUGGCAGCUCAGGCAAGAUUUAAGGUACAACCGCCGGAAGAUUUGGUCUUGCCAGACGAAAAUAUCCCGGCAUCGACGUUGGUUUUGAAGACAAUUGAGAAAAUGAUGCAACAGUGCGAUGAAAUGCACUUUUUGGUAGAUGAAAUUGUGAGUGACGAGUUUGGAGGCGGUCGAAACGGCUCGGGACAAGGAGUUUUUAAGAAGAUUUUCAAGUCUGUGAUGUGGAUUGGAGGCCUUACGUUGGCUGCGUAUGCCGGGCAAAAGAUUAUUCGUGCAAAAUUGAAGUGAAUCUCGAACAAAUUUAUUUUUAUACAACUAGAGAAAAAUAUAUCUUAUUUAAUUAAACGAAAUUGUGAGUUAAAAUAGUUUG